AAAUCAUUGGUCCUUUCCACAUGUCUGCUGAUGUAACGAUAUGCCGGUUGAGGGGAAACUCAGGCUUAUGCAUUGCUAAGGCAGUCCACAUUGGAUACACGAGCCUUCAUUCUUUCUCAAACUCUACAGCAUACGAUUCAACUUUGGAUAAUCAAAGUGUAAUUUAGGGACUUAGCUAGCUAGGCAAAGUGUUAAAACACAGACAGAAUGGGCGAGGAAAUGAACGAUAACACGAUCAACACAAAUGGUGCUGCUAACAACAUGGGGGACGUGAAUCACACAGCAGAACAGACAGCAGACAGCGAUGUGAAAUACUACACCUUGGAAGAAAUAAAAGCUCAUAAUAUGAGCAAGGACACAUGGAUUAUCAUCCACGAUAAAGUGUAUAACGUCACCAGUUUCUUGGAGGAGCAUCCAGGAGGAGAGGAGGUUCUGGUGGAGCAGGCAGGUGCAGAUGCCACAGAGAGCUUUGAGGAUGUUGGGCACUCUACAGAUGCCAGAGAGAUGCUCAUCCAGUACUACGUUGGGGAGCUCCAUAUGGAUGACCGGAAGAAGGAUGGCGCAAAGGAAGCAUUCAUUACAACUUCAGGAGAUGGCUCCAGCUCGUGGACCACAUGGUUGAUACCUGCCGUAGCUGCAGUUGUUGUGGGUAUCAUGUAUCGAUACUACAUGCUGGAGCACAAGUCUUCCUGAGUCCUGACGCUGUCGUCUCUUCUCAUUCGUUCUGUCUGGAGGCCUUGACAUGUUUGACCAAACCCCCCUUGCAUUGAACGCACACAACUUUUCAGAGGUGCGCCCCGCGUCCCACUCAACUCACACAGUGCCCUCACCUUGAAGGAAAGGGAGAGAAAGGAUAAAAUAAUCCCUCUGCUUACUUUUCUAGACCUCAUCCAACAGGCAGUGGGGUGAGAUGCAUCGGGAAACUUUCUGCCCUCAGUCUCUUUAAAUAGUUUUCUAAUCUAUUCAUAUUGUUUACUCACUCUGCCUUUUGUGAUACUUAUUGUGUGGUGUCUUUUUAAGUUACUUAUUCAUAUGCAAGUGAUCUAAACUGUCAUUUAUAUCUGCAAACUGUUGUCGCUAUCUGCUUUGUGAGACUUUUACUGUGAGCUCCAAAAGUAUUGGGACAGUGACCAUUUUUGUUUUGUUUUGGCUCUGUACUCAGCACUUUAGAUUUUAAAUGAUACUAUGAGGUUAAAGUGCAGACUGUCAGGGUAUUUUCAUCCAUAUCGGGUGAACCGUUUAGAAAUUACAGCACUUUUUGUACAUAGUCCCCCCAUUUUAGGGUACCAAAGAUAAAUGGAACAAAUUCACUAAUGUGGAGUAAAAAGUUAAGUAUUUCGUCCCAUAUUCAUAGCACACAAUGACUACAUCAAGGUUGUGACAAAUUUGUUGGAUGCAUUUGUUGUUUGUUUUGGUUGUGUAUCAGAUUAUUUUGUACCCAAUAGAGAUUCAUGGUAAAUAAUGUGUUAUUGUGCCAUUUUAGUCACUUUUAUUGUAAAUAAGAAUAGAAUAUGUUUCUAAACACUUCUACAUUAAUGUGGAUGCUACCAUGAUUAC